CCGCUUUCAGUGAAACAGUACACCAUUUUCAGAGCUCACUUCAUCCUCCCGCGAAAUCCAUGGAUUGAUCCAAAACCCUAAUCUUUCAAACUUCUAAUUCCAUCAAUUAAACAACAAAUACACAAAUGGCGUUGAAGCCCCUAAUCCAGUUCCCAGUUUUCGCGCCGCCGAACCCACCCGGCCGCCGCCGCCCCGCCACCAAACUCCGCUUCUCGCGGUGGCAGAACCCCCUCACCACCACCAACACCGACAAUUUCGUCCGCAAAAACGAGCGCGCCCGGAUUUCGCAACUCGAAGACAAACCCGACAGUCGAUUCAACUCCGCCCGCAGAAUCGCCAGUAAUCGCGACAAUGCCACCAGCACCACCACUGAGGAGGCCUUCAAAUCGACCGGAACGCAACCUACCCCCUCCGCCAACAAAUCGAAGUACUCCCAAACCCGUUUGAACACCCACCCCGCUUUCCGCCGAAUUUCCCAGGCUGUCAGAGUACCCACCGAUGCUGAGAAGACUGGCACGGCUGUGAAACUCUCAGAUGACGGUGUUUCGUACAUUCUUCCUGAUGCUCCAUUUGCAUAUCAACAUAGUUACACCGAGACACCAAAGGUGAAGCCAUUAAAGGUGCGUGAGCCUCCGGUGGCGCCGUUUGGGCCGAGCACGAUGCCGCGACCGUGGACAGGGCAGAAGCCACUGCCGUCUGGAAAGAAGCGGGAUUUUGAUUCGUUUCGGCUGCCGCCGGUGGGGAAAAAGGGGGUGAAGCCGGUGCAGGCACCGGGUCCUUUCUUGCCAGGGUCGGGUCCCAAGUAUGUGAGGUCGAGGGAGGAGGUGUUGGGGGAGCCGCUGACGAAGGAGGAAGUUGCGGAGAUGGUGAUGAGUUGUAAGAAAACCAGGCGGCAAUUGAACAUGGGUAGAGAUGGCUUGACACACAACAUGUUGGAUAACAUUCAUGAUCUUUGGAAGAGAAAGAGGGUGUGCAAGAUAAAAUGCAAAGGGGUCUGUACAGUUGACAUGGACAAUGUGCGGCGACAAUUAGAGGAGAAAACAGGAGGGAAAAUCAUAUAUAGCAGAGGAGGGAUAAUAUACCUGUUUCGUGGUAGAAAUUACAACUAUAAAACUCGGCCACUCUUUCCUCUUAUGUUGUGGAAACCAGCUACUCCUGUAUAUCCGAGGUUGAUUCAGAGAGCCCCAGAGGGCCUCACAGUGGAAGAAGCCAGUGAAAUGCGCACUAAGGGCCUCAAAUUAAUACCAAUAUGCAAGCUUGGGAAAAACGGUGUUUAUUGUAACCUAGUAAAAAAUGUCAAAGAGGCAUUUGAAGCAUGUGAGUUGGUGCGAAUUAAUUGUCAAGGGAUGAAUGCAAGUGACUACCGAAAAAUAGGUGCCAAGCUCAAGGAUCUUGUUCCUUGUGUGCUAAUCUCAUUUGAACGUGAGCACAUACUCAUGUGGAGAGGAAGAUACUGGAAGUCAUCCCUCCCAAAACUGGUCGACGAUUCUGAGGCUAAGAAUUCAGAAGCUGAUGGUCAAAUUUCCCUCACAUCACAUUUAGAAGGCCAAGUGGUAACUUCAUUGUCUAUUCCGAAGCAAGAAGUGCUUAGAAGUCUCCAAACAUUUAGUCCAAGCAACUCUUCCGCUUCUAAUGAAGAUAGGAAGGUGGUGGGAGGUGAAGGUACAAGCACAAAGGCCAAGGAUAAUUUACCUCUAUUAAAUGGUGCAUCGUCUCUAGUUUCUGGUUCAGUUUUAAUCACAUCUGAUGCUUGUCAGAAUUCAGAAACUGAUGAUGCAAUUUAUCUCACACCACCUUUCGAAGGCCAAGCGGUAACUGCAUCACCUAUUGCACAAUCAGAUAGACUUAUGGGUAUUGCUGAGGGUACAAACAUAGAGUCUGAGAAUCAUAUAGCUCAAGCAAAUGAUACGUCGUCUCUAGUUGAUCGUUCAGGUUCAAACACAAUGGAGGUUUAUGGAAGUAAAACCCCAUCAAUACUUGACAGCCAUGAUGAUGACGCUUCUGAAGGUUCAACUGAAAGUCAUGGAAGCAUAACUGUCUUGCAUUCUAUUGACUCCCGUAAUGAUGAGGCAACUGCCAUGUCAUUGGGAGAAACCAUCAGCCUUGAGACUGUCAUCGAUGCAGGAAAUUUGGAAAAGCCUUUGUCUCUGGUUCCUCCAACAUUCAAUGAACUUCAAUAUUCGCCAGAAAUGUUGCAAAAUCACAAUGACCCGACAAAGUUGAGUUCACCUUGGACAGAGGGAGUUAUAGCCCUCUGGAAGGAGGCUAUUGAGGGUGGGAUGGCAGCAGUUCUGGAUGAUUCUAGUCUUGAUGCCGAUAUUGUUUAUAAGAGAGCAGUUGCUCUUACCCAAUCUGCUCCACCGGGGCCUGUUUUUAGGACCCGACGUAGGAAGGUGGAAGUUCAGAAAAUGGAGGAGCCAAAAACUGAAGAUUUGGAGGUUAAGGAAGUAGUGAUGGUUUCACAGAAGGAAGGAAGUGAGAGGAAGAGGUCCAUAAAUCGAAGACGGAAGGGUAUAAGAGAGGAUUGUCUUCCAAAGGGCAGCCUUGGAGUAGAUGAACUUGCUAAGCUACUAGCUUAAUGACUUUCCUCAAACUUCACUGCUUCAGAGAUGAAUUCAUCAGUGCCUUCUGUUGGUUUGACAGUCAAAUUGGGAAGCUUCUAUUGUGAGUACGAGCAAGAACAUCAAUAUAGCAUACAACUGUCCAAGGGGAACAGGGUUUGAAAGCUAACCUAGGUGAAUUUAGAACAAGUACCCAACAACUUGGGCUAGCCUGCGAGUUCACAUUUGGAAGCUUCUGUUUCGCUUGUAUAUAUACAUUAGUCACUGCACCUAAAUAAUAUUUGCUCAUUUUUGUUA